UUCAGUUCAUGUUUAUGUGUACUUGAAAGUCUAUAGAUAUAAACAUUUUUUUAUUUUCUGGAGUACUGAUAAAUUUCUGACGCGCAAUUAAUCAAGUUUAUGAAUAAUAUUUGCGCCGGUACUUUUCUGUACUCUAAAAAUUCAAAGAAAAGUUAACGUUUUGGAGCGAAGGAUAAUUUUUGUGGAAAAAAGCUUUAAAUUUUAUCAAAUAGUUUUCCAAAAUGCCGAAAAGAAAAUUUGAUGAUAUAAUUGAUGUUCAGCCACAAAUGGAUGUCGCUGGAGUGUCAUUUAAAAAUUCACUGGAUUCUGAUGAAGAUGACGAUGAAGUCGAGGACGAGGCAUACAAUGUCAUGAAUGACGAUGAUUUUGAAGGUCACGAAGAAGGUCCAAGUGCUGAUGCAAAUAUUGGAUUCACGGCAUUCAAUAUGAAGGAAGAACUCGAGGAAGGUCAUUUUGACAAAGAGGGUCAUUAUCUUUUGAAAAAAGAGAAACAAAUAAAAGACCAUUGGUUGGAUAAUAUAGAUUGGGUUAAGGUGAAACCUGAACUUGCAAAGAAUAGAAAAAGUAAGGAGAAAAUGUCGAAGGGCAUUGGAGAUAGUGGCAGUGACAGUGAUGAAGAUCCAGAUCGUCUGUUUAAUCCGGUUCCAUUAUAUAAACAAAUUUUGGAAUUUCUUCAACCUGGAGAGACGGUUAAAAAAGCUCUUUGCCGAUUGGGAAAAGGAAAGAAACAAUUGACAACAGCGGAAAGAUGGAAGAGGAAGAAGGAUCCGUCUUUGGCGAAGGAGGACGAGGAGCAAUCCGCUCAAAUUACUAAACUUACUGAAUUUGCUAACGAAUUACUCACACGAACUGGAAAUAUGGACAUUUACGAAGAAAGUUAUGAACAAAUUAAAAAGAAGGUUCAGCCACCAAAAGCGGAAGCGGAACUUGAUAUGUACGCGGAUGAUUUUGAUGAAAAGGAAAAAGAAAAAUUGGAUGUAAAUACUACUGGAGAACAAGAGAGUGCAGAACAGAAUGCAGAUGAAAAAGAAUGUGUCACCUGGGAAUUGAAGUGGUCACAAAAUGAUAAUGCAGAAGUUAGUGGACCUCAUAAGACGGAAAAAAUGCUGUCAUGGUCGAAAGCGGGUUAUUUUAAAAAAGGCGCUUGGGUUCGUAAAACAGGACAAGCGGGUUCAUUUUACAGUGCAGCACGAAUCGACUUUGAUUUAUAUCUUUAAUUAUAAAAUUAUUAGUGUUUAAAAUUAAUUUUUAAACAUCUGCAAAAAAAUUCUA